AUGAUGACUUGGACUGUUUUCAAAUGUACUUUUGGAUCAUCAAGAAAUAUUUUACAAAGCAGAUUAUCAGAAUAUACCUCAUAUAAAAUCAUCAAAUCAAUGUCGACUGUAGAUUCUAAGGAAAUUGAACAUAUCUCCGUUUUCAAAAAUGAUUGGUGGAAUGGGAACGGCUCGUUAUCUGACCUGCAUUUAUACGCGCCGUUCAGAAUAAAGUUUGUAAGGGAUGGAUUGGCAAACGCUGGAGUCCAAAUGCAGAAUUCAGUUCUUCCAUUGGAAGGAGUCAAGAUAGUGGAUGUUGGCUGUGGCGGAGGUAUAUUGACUGAGCGUUUAGCUAGAAUAGGGGCGCAAGUAACCGGAAUAGAUGCAUCGGCAGAGUUAAUAAAUGCUGCAAAAGAACAUGCAAAAUUGGAUCCUAAUAUAUUGGAGAGAGUGAACUAUAUUCAAACAACCGUGGAAGAUUUUUCUCAAAAAGAGAGGGAAUCGUACGACGCUGUUGUGGCUUCUGAGGUGUUGGAGCAUGUAACGGAUGCACAAUUAUUUUUAAAGAAAUGUGUGGAAAUUAUGAAACCUGGUGGGUCGAUUUUUAUAACAACAGAAAAUAGAACUGUAGCAUCUUGGUUGGUUGUUAUUGUAGCAGCAGAAUAUAUUUUCAAAAGAAUACCUCUUGGUACUCAUGAAUGGAAUAAAUUUAUCACACCAUAUGAAAUUCAACAUAUAUUGGAUAAUUAUGAUUGCAAAACGAGAUUAAUUCAUGGAGUAAAAAUUAACCCAUUGUUAAAACAGUGGUCGUGGUCGUCGUGUACAGCAGUUUUUUAUGGCCUUCAUGCAAUCAAGCAAAAAAAAGCUGGCACAUAAUUUUCGGAACUUGCAACUUUUUAUCAUUAAAUGCAAUAUUAUAUAUCUUUAUCAUUUACCGAUUCUGACAAUUGUUACUAUAUAUGUCCUAAGAAUUCCUGUAAUAUUUGUACGCACUAGAGAAAA